GAGGCGACGAAGGUGGCGGUGGUUAGUGGGGUUAGGGAGGGAGAGAGGCUUUCGUUCUCCUCUAUCUUUCGUCCCAUGCGGGCGGCGUGGCCUCGACGGGGAGAGGCUGGUAGCCAGUGAAGACGGCAACGACAACGGGAGCAUGGCAGACUUCGACGCUAUUUACGAGGAAGAGGAGGAGAGCGAGCAGAACUUGGAGGAUCACUACGUGACCAUCGUGCCCGAUCCCAUUAUCAUUCGCGGCGCUGGCAAUAUGACCGUAUUUGGUCUGAGCAACCGCUUUGAAUCAGAGUUUCCCAAUGGCUUGGUAUCUCGUGUUGCGCCAGAGGAAUUCAAAGCAACGGUUAUGCGCAUAAACAAUGUCCUGAAGAAAACUCUCCCUGUUAAUGUGAAGUGGUUAUUCUGUGGUUGCGUUUGUUGCUGUUGUACAUUAGGCUGUUCCUUAUGGCCAGUUAUAUGCCUCAGUAAAAGGACUCAACACUCGCUUAAUAAAUUGCUAGAAUGGGAAAAUAGUAGGCUAUACCAUAAAUUGGGCCUACAUUGGAGACUGACAAAACAACGAUGUGAUAGUUCUUCAAUGAUGGAAUAUGUGCUGUUAAUCGAGUUUAUCCCAAAAAUACCGAUAUAUAGACCAGAUUAGAUAGAGGAGUGCAAAAUUC